ACCAUUCCCAAAUGGCCAAGAUGGCUGGACGUUAGCUGGGAGAAGAGUUUUGGAGCAAAACGGGGACAUAUUGACAUCUACCAACAAUUUCCUUCAACAGCAAUCUAAGAACACUGGUAUUGAAAUGGCUGCUCCCCAGAAAAUUGUGCUACGUGUAUAUAUUGCAACAGAUAUGGCCUUGAAGCUCACUCUAAAUGAGCGCCCAAAGUCAGUGAAAGAGCUGAAGAGCAUAAUGCAAGAGAAGUUCAAGCCAAGACUGGAUAGUGACUUCAGCCUUCAGUAUGAGGACCCCGACUUUGAUGGACAACUUAGCUUACUUGUGGACAUUGAGGAAUUGCCGGAGAAGGGCACGUUGAAAGUAGUGAGAUCAGAAAGUGAUGACCCUUCAACAGCAAGUUCUGAUACAGACAUACUUCCGCAUGUACCUUUAACACAGCGUCAGAAGAAUUGGCCUGAUUCUUUUCCUGUGCCAACAUUUUCUUUUGAAGUGGAACAUGUACUUGAAGAAGGAGACAGUGUUUUUGACAGGCCUGGAAAGACACUGAAAUUGACACGAUCCCAAAAGCACAACAUCCUGGAAAAAAUGGCUGAAACAAUGCACAGUUUCAAACCUUACCCAAAUGACAGCGAAGUGGGUAAGGCAGCUGAAGCUCUUAUUGCUGCACAUCCGUGCCUUAGAGAGCUUGGAAGUGACACUGGAUGGUAUGGAUGGAAAGUCAGUUUGAAGUUCAAGAUGGGGAAUUAUCGUUCAAAGCUGGCCAGAUCUGGGUGUGCAGAGGUGUCCGUCAAUGUCGGCAGGAGGAGCAAAAACAACCCUGAGAGUGAUCACCCCCAUUCCAAUAUUAAAAGAGCCAGACGUUCUGAGGUUAACUUCCUUCCCAACUUUCCCAGAGGAGAAAGCCAGGCUACUCUCGAAGAGAUGAGACUACAAAUCAUACAAGAAGUUGAAAAGGCUGAGAGAAACCAGUUAUUGAUUGGAAAACUCAUGCAGACCACCUUUGCUCUUUGUCGACAAGAUAUUGUUAAGGGAGAUUUACUAGUGAGGGACUUUUUGAUGAGCUGGCCCGCCCUGCGAAUGGAGUCACAGGUGUUUGCAGAGUUCCACCGCAUAACAAAUGUGAACUUGCGCAAACAGUUCUACACAGAGCUCGACUGACACACAUCACGACUGAUUGCCUUGUUCAGGCAGAAGGCGUUGCGGACAGGCAAGACAGCAGAGGCGCUUCGAGAGAUCCUUGGGACUUAUGAUUGCCAGGUAGAAAAUGAUGUCAAUGUAAGAUGCAGUGUGUCCCUUCGUGCACUUCCUGUCUACCUGCGCGAGGAUGACUCGGAGUUCUUCAAGACCUACAAUCAGGAAGAGGAGCCAGAUGUCACUGACACUCCGGUUGCUCUCCUCACUACUGGUGUGGACUCCUUCAGCCCCGAGAGCAUCUCUGUUGUACUUGAGGGGGAAAUUGUUGUGAGUGACCUUCCCAGGUUGUCUGAUGCAUUCAUGGUGUUGUUUGGCCUGAUCUAUGCAUUCAAUUUAGAAUAUCCAAAGAAACUCAUCCACACAUUCACCUUUAUUCAGAAAAUAGUGAUGUGUCUGGAUGAGGGUAAACCACUGAAACCAGGCCUGCUGAGUUUGAAAAAUGACUUGAUGAAAGACUGAACCAAGCAAGAAGCUUGAAUGCCCAAGUGCAUAAGUGGUCCAUACAUGUACACUGACAAACCUCUUUAAUAGACACCUUCUUGUAUCUACACUCUGUCAAUUUCAUCAGUUCCACUGAUCAUUUAAUUGCACUUCAGUUCUACAGUAAUGCACUUUAGUUUGUCUGUUUUUCUGCAUUUUUGUUAGCCUACUUCUACCCUAUAACAUGGUGGUGGUGUUAGUGGGUUUUCUGUUGGUACAUUUGGAUCAGACACAGCAGUGAAGCUAAGAUGUUCACUCAGUGUCCACUCUUGGACACAUAAGAUCCAAAGAGGUGUCAGUGAACACCAAUCAGGCAUAACAUUAUGACCACCUCCUUGUUUCUACGCUCAUUGUCCAUUUUAUCCACUUACUAUAUAG